AUGGCACCACAAAAGAAAAGAAAUAAAAAGCCAAAUAACAAUAAUAAUAAUAAUACUAGUAAAAAUAAUUUAAAGACAUCUAUAACAUCGUCAGGUGAUUUGUCAACAUCAAAGGACGAUGAAACAUCUAGUGUCACUACUACUACUACUACUACAAGCAUUAGUCUACAACAAGAUGAUAAUGAAGGAAAUGACUCAUUCUCAUUUUCUGAUGUACCACAACAAUCAACUACACCUUCCUCUGAGGGCGACACAAGUGACCAACAACAACAAUCAUCGGUAUCACUUGACAAUGAAUCAUCACAUGUACCAACAAUAACAAUAGUCAAGAAAGAAGAAGAAGAAAAAGAAACAACUCAACAAACGCAACAAACACAACAAUGUAAUAAUAUAAAUUUAGAAUCAAUUUAUCAAAUAGUAAACAAUAUAUCAAAUAAUGUAAACUCUAUUAAAGAAAGAGUUGUGACUGAUGAAGAGCCAGAUUGGAGAGAAAUGUAUAUGAUCAUUCAAAGGGAAUUCAAGAUGGAAAAGAAAAAGACGGAAUUGAUGGAGACCAAAGUGGAAGAGUUGGAACAAGAAAAGAGACUACUCAACGAACGUAUUCGUUUGUUAGAGAGUCGUGUCGAUAAUGAUAAAAAGAGACUUGUAAAGACAUUUGGAACGAUUAGAACUGGUACUGUCAGAUUGUUGAAUGCAUCAAAGGGCAACAAUGACCUUUCUACCAUUCUCAAGGAUCUCCAAAACAUUGAAAACAUGGAUUCUCACGACAGCACAUUUGCAAACAAGAUUGGUGAAAAUGCAGAUGCACUAUUGACCAAAUUAAAAUCAUUCCAAGAUGUUGACAGUUCCAUUGUUCUCAAUGGUAGUAGUACACCACUCAAUGGAUCUUUGGGUGAUGAAUUCCUCAACCAACUUCAACAACAAUCACAACAAUCCUCACAACAAUUACUCUCUGGUCAAGCAAGAGAUGCACUUACCAAAUCAUCAAGUGAAAAUAUCCUAGACAUUCAAAAAAUUAUCAAAGUUCAAUCAUUUGUUCGUAGAUAUUUAGUUCAAAAGAGAUUUAAACGUUUAAAAACAAAAAGAUUAGCAGUAAAUGAAUUAUUUGAAACUGAAAUAACCUAUGUACAACAUUUGACCAAUUUAAUUAGAAUAUUUGUUAAUCCAUUAAAACAAAAGAUUCAAUCUGGAGAGAUCCAAAUGAGCGUUACCGAGGUGGAACGUAUCUUCUCGACACUCAAUACGAUUGUGAUGAGUAAUUCAAUCUUCCUCAAGCAGACAGAAGACAUUUUCAAACACUUUAACAGAUGGUCUGUGAUUGGUUCGAGAAUGCUUGAACAAUUGCCACUUUUCGAAUGCUAUAUUGACUAUAUCGUCAACUAUGAGUACUCGCACCAAGCCCUCAAGCGUGCCAUGACCAUCCCAUCGUUUUCGCAAUUUGUCAAGAAUGCCGAGCACAAUGUCGAGCUUGGCGACUUGGAUAUUGCCGAUCUCUUGAUCAUGCCAGUCCAACGUAUCCCACGUUACAUUAUGCUUAUCCAACAAGUACGCAAAUACACCUCUCACGACCACCCCGACUAUGUCCCUCUCACCAAGGCAUCAGAUGCAUUCAAAAAGUUUGCCGAUGGUGUCAAUGAAAGAAAGGCUAUGCGUAGCCGCGCCAUCCAUCUCGACGACAGAAUCAGUGGACUCAAAGAGGAAUUGUCGGCCAAGCUGGGCAGCAAAUAUCUCAUUCGUGAAGGUCCCAUUCGUUUUAAAAAGAACUAUGAAUACGCGUUCCUACUCAAUGACAUGAUCCUCAUCUGUCAUCCAACCAUCAAAAAGACAAAGGUUCGUUCCAACUCGGUGGUUACUAAUCAGUUGGCUGCAUCAGCCUCUUCCAACAGCUCUUCCUCUACAGCAUCUGUCCAAUCUACUCUCUCCACCUCCACAGCACCACCAUCACCAAAAGAAGAUCUCACUGAAAUCAUCUCAUUCAAAUUCCUCUCCAAGAUUAUGCUUGAUGGAAGAGUAAAAAUCGUUGAAGAUAGUUCAGAUAAUGGAAAGUGGACUACCAUUAUUCCAGACCUCUAUUCAAUCGAAUUAACUGCCAGCAGUGUUGAAGAAAGACAAUUAUGGGUAAAGGAUAUUAUGAAUAUUAUUUCAAUAUUCUCAAAUAAUCUCUUAAAUAAUUCUCCAGUCAAUACUUCAACAACAUCAUUACAAACUUCAACAAAAUAA